AUGCCGCGCGCCGAGGUCGGCUCCACCAAAUGGCAGGCCAACAAGAUGAAGUCCAAGGGGCUGCAACGGCUGCGCUGGUACUGCCAGGCAUGCGAGCGCCAGAUGCGCGACGAGAACGGGUUCAAGUGCCAUGUCCAGAGCGAGAGCCAUGUGCGCCAGAUGAUGGUUAUCGGCGAAGAUCCGCGCCGCGCCAUCAACGACUAUAGCGGCCAGUUCCAGCGCGAUUUUCUGACGCUGUUGCGCACGGCGCAUGGCGAGAAGGCGCAGAACUUGAACCACUUUUAUCAGGAGUAUAUUCGGAACAAAGAGCACGUCCACAUGAACGCGACGCGCUGGCCCUCGCUCACCGAAUUCGGCAAGCACCUCGGGCGCGAGGGCAUCUGCCGCGUGUCCGAAGACGAAAAGGGCAACGGCCUGCUGGUGGCGUGGAUCGACAACUCGCCCGACGCGCUGCGCCGGCAGGCCGCGCUGCGCAAGAAGGAGCGCCAGGAGCGCGGCGACGAGGAGCGCGAGCUCAAGCAGAUCUCGGCGCAGAUUGAGAAGGCCAAGGCCGAGCGCGGCGACGACGGCGACGAAGAAGCCGGCGAAGAGGCCAGGAAACUCGAGCGCAGGGACGGCGAGCGCGUCGUCUUGAGCUUGAAGCCCGCGGCUGCGGCGCCGCCCAAGGCGGGGGGCAGUCCGCCGCUGCAACAAGUAGAUACUCCGACGACGACGGAUACCACGCCCGCGGCAACCACAUCAGAAACAUCGCCCGACAAGCCCGCAAACUCGCCUACGCCGCCCUCAACAGACGCCGCUCCCAGCACAUCCACCACCACAACCGCACCUCCCCCCGCAGCGACGAAGCCAGCAACGACAUUCAAGUUCGGCGCCGCGGCCUCGAAGCCCAAAAACGUCUUCAGCGCGAAGAACAACCCGCUCGCGGCCAAAAAGGUCGUCGUCAAGGAGGCGCCGAAGAAGAUGAGCGAGGCGGAGCGGAUUAUGAAGGAGGAGUUGGAGCGGAAGCGUGCGCGUGAGAGUGGGCAGGGGGGUGGGGGGAAGCGGCAGAGGGUUGCGCUGUGA